AUGGCCGGCCGAGAGCAUAUGGUUCGCAACGAGAUCGCCGUUCUCAAAAGAGUAUCUGUCGGUCAUCGCAACAUUCUGACCCUCGUCGAUUACUUUGAGACCAUGAACAACCUAUACCUCGUCACAGAUCUUGCUUUGGGCGGAGAACUCUUCGAUCGGAUUUGUCGCAAAGGUUCAUACUACGAAUCUGAUGCCGCUGAUCUAAUUCGUGCAACGCUAUCUGCAGUCGCCUACCUCCACGAUCAUGGAAUAGUUCAUCGGGACCUGAAGCCAGAGAAUCUCCUAUUCCGAACCCCUGAGGAUAAUGCAGAUCUACUCAUCGCCGAUUUUGGCCUGUCGAGAAUUAUGGAUGAGGAGCAAUUCCAUGUCCUGACUACAACUUGCGGUACCCCUGGUUAUAUGGCCCCAGAAAUCUUCAAAAAGUCUGGCCACGGGAAGCCAGUUGACAUAUGGGCUAUCGGCGUGAUUACUUAUUUUCUUCUCUGCGGCUAUACCCCUUUCGAUCGGGAUUCCAAUCUGGAAGAAAUGCAAGCAAUUUUGGCAGCCGAUUAUUCUUUCACUCCCGUUGAGUAUUGGCGAAACGUCUCCGACCCCGCACGGGAUUUCAUCAAACGCUGCCUGACCGUCGAUCCACGAGCACGCAUGACUGCGCAUCAAGCCCUACAACACCCGUGGAUAAAGCCAGAUGACCCAGCGAGCCCUGUAAAAGUUGGCGAAGGCCAAGAUCUACUGCCCAUAGUCAAGAAGAACUUCAAUGCCAGAAGGACUCUGCACAAGGCCAUUGACACAGUCCGCGCAAUCAACAAACUGCGAGAAGGCGGAGGGUUAAUGGCUGCCGGACACAUGGAUGGUGCAAUGAGCGUAGAUCCGAAGCCGAAGCCUGAAAUGGUCAAUGGGAGUAAAGUCCUCAAUGACCAGGGCCAGCAGAUUCAAGGAGAAGAAGCGCACGGUGGCCGCGAUGGGCCAGCAGAAGGCGCACAGCAAGCAGACCAUGAUCCCGAUGCCAUGGAAAUCGACUCCCGAGGAAACGCCCGUGGCCAGACUGAUGAUCAGAUUCGCCGACAGGAGCAGCGCAUCCUUGAAACUGUCAGUAACUUCUAUCGCAAGAAGGAGUAA